ACGAGCGGCCCCGGAACGUGUGUCCGCGCAUGCGCAGUGCGCCGCUCAGUGUGCUUGUGGAAGGAGGAACUGAGCAGUUGGAGUAAAAUAAACAUCCACCUCUGUGCAACACCAGCGGCCAGGAGCAGCGAGAGAAAGAGAAACACCUCGGAUCAUGUCUUCACACGAUGCCUGGGAGACUAAACUCGAAAUCAGAGCAUGUAGUUUUGACUCCAGUCCAGCAGGGGGCGACAAACACAGAGACUGCAGCUCCCCUAAUGACUCCACUGGUAAAAGUGAGACGUGUGCAGAGAUCUUUGGCACCGAUCCUUUGAGAACUCUGGGAGAAAUCCUCACCUACUGUCAGGUCAUGUACGAGGCCAUUCAGAAGCUGGAUGAGAAGUUUGAGCUGCUGCAGGCGAGAGUGACGCACACUCAGGAGGAUCAGAUACACGUUGAGGAGGAUCAGUCAGAGAUUUACACACUGGACGACCAGAUAAACGACGAAUCGGCUGAAACCUACCAUGUCCUCCAUCACCUAGUUCCUCCCUCAGUUCCUCCAUCUCCUGAAGGUUCAAGAACCCUCAGACUUGUUGUUACCUCAGAAAAACCCACAGACCCAUCACCGUCUCCUCAGAAUCAGCCCCAACAGUCGGGUUCGACCUCCAGACCACGUGGAGCUGUGAGAAAAAUGCUCUUAGAGCAGCGGAAGGUUCCAGAAGAUCAUCCCGACACCAACACUGGACACUCGGCAUCUCCACAAACCGUGAAGGAAGUUUUACAUCGUCGCCGGAAAAAUCCCAAUCCUCAAACACACAACGCAACCGUAGGAAGCAGGAAGUUUGUCAUCCCCAGCAGUGUGCUGAUGAUGGCCAGUGCGAUGGCGAGGCCGACGGCGGCCGCUCGCUAUCUCAUGCGCAGCCUUUUCUCCCGCCAGGAGCUGCUGCACGGGAGCAUCAGAGGAUACACGUCUAGAGGAUUAAAAAAACUCAACCCAGAAAAAAUCAACGCCAUACGAGAGUGGGCGCAGAUGACGUACCCGGAACAUGACCUGCGUGAGAAAGGUAAAGACUGGAAGGCCUGUCUGGCUGUUAUGAAUGAAGGAGCCAGACACGUUCGACUGAAGGACAGAAAGCGUAAGUUUAAGGCCGUGAGAGAUGCGAGUGAACAAGCGGCAUCAGUCCAAGAAUUCAAUCCUGAGCCCACUGCUGAGAUCGAUGUGGAGCUCUCGGAUGGUGACGGUGAGGACCUACAGCAGACGACUACACUUAAAAACAAACUCAAAAGAGAGUCUGGGGAAGAGCCGCUGUCGGAAAACGAUUGUUCCUAUGAGCCGGGUGCUCAGGUGUAUCUGGGUGUUCCGGAUCGGGAUGUGAAGGUGCCUCAGUUUGCGAUGUACUCGGCGUUACAGAGGCCGAAUCCUCCGCUCGUCGCUCGGUAUCUCAUCAGGUUCAUCUUCCCGGAGGAAGUGCUGGUGCAGAGCAACGUGUAUGGGAAUGCCAAGUACGGCAUCCAGCCACUGGACCACAACAAGAUCUCAGCAUUGAGGGAGUAUCUGUGUGAGCGUUUCCCCUAUAUGAAGCUGGAUGAGGACGGACCCAACUGGAAGGCUUGCGUCUACGCCAUCAAUGGCGCCAUCCGGAAAACCAGACACGCUCUGAAGAAAGGUCCCAAACAGGCACGAGAAGUGAUGCUGGUGACAUCAUGACUCCGAACAAUAAACAACCGCCAGAUCAUUUUGGGAAUUUUUUUUAUUUUUUUUUAAUGCAUAAAUAAACAAACAAACACAAGCAA